AAAAAACAGAAAAAAGGAGGGAAAAUUAAUCGAGAAACCUAAUCGUGUGUGGAAUCAGCUUCGGCCCAAUCGAGAAACAUAAUCUUACCUUCCAAACAGUUUUGGGUAUACAUAAUUGCCCCCGUUUCGGAAUUAAGGUUUCACGCUCGUCUCUAACAAUCACCCGUUUGGUGACGAUUUGCUCAUCCUACUGAAGCAAUCCCUCCUGAAAGAUGUCGGCGGAAGAUCUAACUCCAGAGAUGUGUUGUGAUUCUUCACUCUUCCUUGGAAUUAAGAGGGCAGCAAGCUCCGAGGCAUUAGCUGCUGUCGAGAUGAAAAAGUCGAAAGGGAGCGUGGAUACUGCAGACCCAGUGGCUAAGGUUUCGUUGUCUGAUUUUGGAUUUACGCCUGAAACUGUACAAUCCUAUCCAUCUUUCUCGGUCAUUUAUUCUCUGGCGCGGAAACGUGGCCUUGGGUUUAUGGCUGGCAUAGUGAAAAACAUCUCAAGGCUGAAGUCGCAAGUGGAAAAUAUUUUCUCUGUGCUGAAGCUUGCUGUUGUAGAUGAUGGAUUUGUAGGACAUCUUGGUGGGCUAAUUGGGAGCCUUUUAGACGAUGAAGCAUUUCACAAGGCAUUUGUUGGGGUACUUAUUGAGGAUCAGUUUACGUAUGUGCUCGCCCUCGUAGAGGCUUACUCAAUGCAAAAAAGUGACCUAGAACGAGUUAAGUAUCUCAGGAGAGACGCCGGAUUGGGAUUCGUUUUGCAACGCAAAACAGAUACCGAUUUCUUUAUGAGGGAAACGUUGAGCAUCAUAUUGGGGUACUGGAGUAGUCCAUGGCUUUGCAGCAAGUUGCGUGAAGCGGUUAAUGGAAAUGAUGCAGCCAGGGAACUUCCACGGAUGACUAGAAUUAUUAAAGUUGAUGUUCCACCCUCUAUCGAGGGCCUUAAAGAAGCAUUGGCGACUAGGUUCGAUGGUUAUAAACAUCAGAGUAUGUGUAAAGUGAUAGAUCGUGAUAAAAAUCUUUACAAGGUAAGCGUCCUAUCUUUCAACCCCACAGAUACGAUGAAAUGGUUCGACAUUUACUGGUUGGGCGAGGAGGAAUUCUGUAUUGGUAUGUCCGGUCACUAUGAACACCCGUACCCUGGUUGCAGUCCAGUGUGAUUGUUCUUUCCAACCCCAGCUACUUGUACUGGGAUAUGUUUAGAUUUAUUUUGUGAUGUUGAACAUUCUAUUUAAUUUUGUUGAUGUUGGACGACGAUAAUCCCUCUCCAUUACAAUUAAAUUAGUGUUGUUAAAUUAAACGAGUC